AUGGCUUGUUUUAAGCUCCCCGCAACACUUUGCCAUGAGAUUGAAAUGAUGAUAUGCAGAUUUUUUUGGGGUCAAAAGGGUGAUAAUAGGAAGGUUCAUUGGGUUAAGUGGCAGGACUUGUGUAAGCCUAAAUCUCAAGGUGGUAUGGGGUUUAAAAAUCUCUCCCUCUUUAAUGAUGCUCUUUUGGCAAAACACACAUGGAGGUUGCUUCAUGACUCAAACCCCUUAUUCUACCGUGUUUUUAAAGCCAAAUUCUUUCCCAAUUCUACGGUGAUGGAGGCCAAAAUACUUGCAAAUGCUUCUUAUGCAUGGCGAAGUAUUAUGCGGGGAAGAGAUGUAAUCAAACGGGGGAGUAGGUGGAGAAUUGGUUCGAGGGACUCGAUUCACAUCUGGGGGGAUAACUGGCUGCCAAUCAAAGCUAAUCCAAAGCUAUUGUCACCAUCUAUUGAGGACAGCACCAUUACAUUCGUUAGUGAUUUGAUAGACCAAGAGCAGAAAGUUUGGAGGGAAGAUGUUUUAGAGAAUAGCUUCUACCCGUUUGAAGUGAGUAUCAUAAAAAAUAUCCCCCUUUGUAGGACGAUUCAAGAGGAUGUUUUGAUUUGGCCUUUCAACCCAAACAGUACCUACACUGUUAAAUCCGGGUACAAGUUUUUGUAUGAAGAGCACCUUGGUAGGCAACCUGGUCCAUCUGAGAAUGAAGCCUUGAAGCCACUGUGGAAGAAGAUUUGGGGCCUCAAUGUUCCAAACAAAGUGAAGCAUCUGGCCUAG